AUGGGCCCACACGCGAAUCUUUCAUCGGCCCACAAGCCCUUUAUACUUGAGCCAGCCCCUGGCCGGCGACAUACACAGCGUAUCAAUUCGAGCACCGAAGAUGCCACCAACUAUCAGAAGUACCUGGGAGCUAACGGAGUGUUUAUAACAGUGCGUCGGAAGAUAAUUGCUCUGCCUGGCGGCGAAAUUUAUUUUUCAGUUCAGCAAAGUUGCAGACAUUCAUCAACCAUGGAGACUAGAGAAGAAGAGCUGGGAUAUUUUGUUACUUUGGAUGGCAUGGUGCAGGCAGUGGUCGGCUGCACGUCGUCUUCACGAAACAACGAGGAAAGUGAUGUUCGUAACAACCUGCGCGAGAUCAACAUCGACACAGUCAGCUCUGUUAACGUCAAAUAUCAGUGGCUAAGACCUCUAACAACAACUCUGCAUCAAUACUCAGCACCAAUUUAA